UCAUAGCACUGUCUGCCUAGCACUUCUGGUGACCCAAAGGGUCUCAGGACAGGAGCUGGGCAGGCACUCGGGGCCGUCACCAAGCAAAACUGCUAGAGCUCCAGCUGGCUUGGCCGACACCAGGCUGCCCUCUUCCCUAAUGCUGGAGUAAGCCCACCCAUAUCUUGAAAAUUGCCCCAGACCCCCUCGCUGCUAAGUCCACAAGAAAUCAAAUUCUUUCCUUUAUGUGACACUGGAUUUUCCACAAAGUAAAAUCAAGAUGAGUAAAGAUGUGGUUUCUAGAUAGUACCCGACAAAGCGGAGACCAGGGUGGGAGGCGUCACACUUGGCCUAUAAAAGCUACCGCAAGAGGCCAAGGCCACAAGCCACUCAGCUUAGGCCAGCCUACGUGUCUGCUCCUCGCUCCUCCUGUGUUAGCUCUAGGCUCCAUGGCGCUCUGGCUGACCGUGGUCAUUGCUCUCACCUGCCUUGGUGGCCUUGCCUCCCCGGGCCCUCACUCAAGGAGGGAGCUCAAGGAGCUCAUUGAAGAGCUGGUCAACAUCACCCAGAAUCAGGUAUCCCUCUGCAAUGGCAGCAUGGUGUGGAGCGUCAACCUGACAACCGGCAUGCAGUACUGUGCCGCCCUAGAAUCUCUCAUCAAUGUCUCUGACUGCACUGCCAUCCAAAGGACCCAGAGGAUGCUGAAAGCCCUGUGCACUCAGAAACCCUCAGCAGGGCAGAUUUCCAGUGAGCGCAGCCGAGACACCAAAAUUGAAGUGAUCCAGUUGGUAAAAAACCUGCUCAACCAUCUAAGGAGAAAUUUUCGCCAUGGAAAUUUCAAAUGAAGGAUGAAAACCUAGCAUCGCUAUUUGCAGAGGCAGACCUGACCGUUUAAGUUAUAGAUUCAUUUUUCUUUCAGAAGUUUCAAAUUUCCUGGGGAGAUGGCAGGGGGAUGGGAGGGGGGCACGAUUUCCUUAGCUUAGACCUCAGCCUGUGCUGCCUGCCCUCGCCUAGCCGACCCCAGCUGCCCUUGCCUUGGUACACAGGGCCCUCCUCCAUCUGGGCUCUGAGUUCUGUGA